GGGACGCGGUGACGUCACGCCGCCGCCCCACCCGGGAAGCGAGUGCGCAGGCGCGGCUGGGGACCGAGCAGCUGACUGGACGCUCGGGACCGGGAGUGAGUGAACAGAGCAGAGUGAGAAAAGGGAUGUCGCGGGAGGAGCUCGAACGUUUCCGGGAUAAGAUCCGCAAGGAGCUCGACCGGACCGUCGACUUCUGGCUGAAGUUUUCCCACGACCAGGAGUUCGGGGGCUUUUUCACGUGUCUGAGUCGCGAUGGUUCCGUCUACGAUGAGUUAAAGUACAUCUGGCUGCAGGGAAGACAGGUCUGGACUUACUGCCGGCUCUACCGGAAAGUUCCUCGCUUUCACCGACAGGAGUUGCUGGAUGCAGCGGCAGCUGGCGGGGAGUUCCUGAUACGCCACUCGGCGGCCUUUGGCGAGGGCCGGAAGCGGGCGUUCUGCGUCAGCCGGGACGGACGAGCGGUCAAGGUCCAGCGAACCAUCUUCAGUGAGUGCUUCUACGUGCUGGCUAUGGACGAGCUGUGGAGGGCCACCGGGCAGGACCGGUUCCAGGUACGCACGAUGGAAUCGAUGGCCUUGUCGCAAAGUUUGCAGACGGGAUGAG